AUGUCGUGGGGAGGCUUCAAGAAAUCGAUAAAUCGAGCGGGAACGACGCUGAUGCAAAAGACCGGCCAGGUCGAGCGCACCGUCGAUUCCGAGUUCAACUCGACCGAGGAGCAGUACCGCACGCUGGAACGCGAGGUGACUUCCUUGCAAAAGGAGGCCAAAGCCUACCUGGACGCCAUCCGCUCGCUCGCCUCCUCGCAAGCCCGGAUCGCCGAAGCUGUCGAUGGUUUCUACACGGACAGCUCCGACGCCGCCAUGUCUGCCAAUGCCUAUCGCCGCGCCGUCGACGAGCUCGACACCAAAACCGCCAAGGAGAUCGACGCCCCCUACCGCGCCACCGUCCUCGAACCCAUCGGCAAAUUCGUCUCGUACUUUCCCGAAAUCAACAAGAUCCUUGAAAAACGCAACCGUAAACUCGUCGACUACGACGCCGCCCGCUCCAAGCACCGCAAGCUCGUUGACAAACCCUCAGACGACCCCACAAAACUCCCCAAGGCCGAAAAGGAACUCGACGACGCAAAACUCGUCUUCGAAGCCCUCGACGACCAGAUCAAGUCUGAAUUGCCUCAGCUUGUGGAUUUGAGAGUACCCUAUUUGGAUCCUAGCUUCGAGGCCAUGGUCAGGAUCCAGGCCAAGUUUGCAGAAGACGGGUACGAAAAGUUGGGAGGUGUGCAGCGCUUUUUCGCCGAUGGCGUCAGGGACGACUAUGCGGACGGCCAGCUGGACAGCCAGGUCGAGGCGGUACUCCAGGAGAUGCGGGAGCUGUCCAUCUGCGGCAUUGGCCAGUAG